AUGGCCUCAAAGUGCCUAGAAUUUCAUGUGAAGCGGUGCGAAGCAGAGCUUGUUGUACCCACAAAGCCAACACCCAAUGAACUAAAAUACCUCUCGGAUAUAGAUGACCAGGACUUCUUGAGGUUCCAAGUCCACUUUAUAUGGUAUUACAGAAAUAGCCCUAGCCCAUUAAUGGAAGGUAAAGACCCUGUGAAGGUUAUUAGAGAAGCACUUGGCAAGGCAUUGGUAUUUUACUACCCAUUAGCUGGUAGACUAGUGGAAGGUUAUAACAGGAAGCUUAUUGUGGAUUGCAAUGGGAAAGGGGUUUUGUUCAUUGAAGCUGAUGCAGAUAUCAGUCUUCACCAACUGGGUGACAGAAUUCAACCUCCAUGUCCAUUUAUUGAUCAGGUUCUAUAUGACGUUUUGGGAUCUGAUGGUAUUAUUGAUUGCCCUUUGUUGUUAAUUCAGGUAACUCGUUUGACAUGUGGAGGUUUCAUUUUGGCAUUACGUAUUAAUCACACAACAUGCGAUGCAUUUGGGGUCUUCCAAUUCAUGAACACAUUAGCAGAGAUUGCAAAAGGAGCACAACAACCCUCUAUCCCUCCUGUGUGGGAAAGAGAGCUCUUAUUUGCUAGAAACCCUCCAAGAGUAACUUGUAUACAUUAUGAGUACCAACAACAACAACCUUUAUCAAUUGGUCAGCCAAACUUGGACAAAACCAGCAGUGAUAUCCAAUGCUCCUUCUUCUUUGGUCCAAAGCAGAUAAGGGCCAUUCAAAAACAUCUUUCUUCACAUCUUGUUUCUUACUCUCGAUACGAGUUGCUGACAGCUUUUUCAUGGAGAUGUCAAACACUAGCACUCGAACUCGAUCCUGAAGACGUUGUUCGAGUUUCGAUCAUGGUCAGUGCCAGAGGAAAGAAGUACCAUGGAUUGCAUUUUCCUCAAGGGUACUAUGGCAACAUGUUUUCAUUCCCUGCUGCUGUUUCGAAGGCCGGGGUUUUAUGCGAAAAGCCAUUGGCAUAUGCAGUGGAUUUUAUGGCGAUCCAAGGACGGCCUCCUUAUAAUGCAGUAAGAGGGAAUUUGAUUGUUUCUGAUACUAAAAAUGUUCAUUUAGAUAAUGUGAAUUUUGGGUGGGGUUUGCCACUAUAUGGUGGACUUGCUAAGACCUUCAAUGGGGGUAGCAUUCAUGCGAAGUACAGGAAAAAUGGGGAGGAUGGGAUUUUGGUUUUAAUGUCAUUGCCAUUUUUAGCUAUGAAGAGGUUUCAAGAAGAGGUGGCGAAAGUGAUUGGGGAAGAUAAACCUAUAAUUAAAAUAUUAUCCACACUUUAA